GAUGGCACCACUUGCUGGUUGAGCUAGAUUUCUCCUCCAAUGUACUGACCGUUUUCGUAAACGGUGUGGAAGAUGCCGUAAUAGCUGGACUUGUUUCUACUUCAAUAGAGUCUGGAAAUGUCUCUUUGUCAUCUAGUAACGUUUCAGGGGUAACAAUAUCUGGUUUAACAAUCUUGCCAAGAAAACUCUCGGUCGAAGAAAUCGCUAACUUUGGCUCCUGGUGCCCCUUAAAUUCUACAGGCACUUUGUUUUCAAUGACUGACACAGUUCAAAAUAUUAUUGACGGAUUGGUCAUCAUUACAGAAACUUCGUGCGACCCCUUCGAUGAGUGUGCGACAGCACCGUGCGGUAAUCACACAUGUGUUAACGGUAUAGGAACAUUUACCUGCGUAUGCAGUGGGGAAUGGAGUGGAACACGUUGCGAGGUUUCACCUAACUACUGUCUGAAUCAUGGAUGCAAACACGGCUUAUGCGUUCCAGGAAACGGAAAUUACACGUGCAACUGUACUGACUUCUACACUGGCAGUGACUGUUCUAUUCCUCCGCUGAACGGCGGUUGGUCGUCUUGGAUCGAUUGGACAGCAUGUGACGUCACAUGUGGAGGCGGUACACAUUCUCGUCAGAGACUUUGUGUAAACCCGCCUCCAGGGCCGGGUGGACUGAGUUGCGAUGGCGAUGAUAAAGAAAUCGAGGAAUGCAAUACAAAUAAAUGUCCGGAAUGUGAACCACUUAAGAGAAGCAUUGGGACAAAACCUAAAUGUGAGAAUGAUCCGAAUACCGCGGAUAAACUCUGUACGGUCAGUUGUGAUCCCGGGAAAACGUUCCCCGAUGGCCAGGAGCCGUAUUCAAAAUACAAGUGCGGUCGCACAACUGGAUAUACAUGGCAGCCAUUCGGAAAAGUACCGGAAUGUGUGGACUAUACUUCCCCCUUCAAGGUUGAAGUGCAGAUGAAUGCUGAGAUCACACAGAACACAACUAAAAAGAACGAUGAAGAUAUUAAAAACGACGUUUCAAACAAAACGAAUACAAUGCCUUGCACCGAUGGCAUGAAAUGCCAAGUAACCGUUUCCAUAAGCGGCUCUCAAAAUCGCCGAAAACGGAGUACCCGAACAUCCAUCAAGUUAUCGUAUACUAUGGAACUUCCCUCACUGCCUAACUUAGACAUGGCCGGCUAUGAACAAAAUGCAACAGUGUCUCCCGACUUGCAAACUCUGAAAGAUGCAUUCAGUGCAGUAGAAGAGCAAUACACGUUUUUUUUGGACAAUGCCAAGACAAUAUUGAAUGGUACGGUGGACGGAGUACAGUACACCGUUGAUCCGGACACCAUUGAAGCAUUCAUUGGCGCCUACUGUAAUCCAGGGUUUUCAGGCAGCAACGGUUUUUGCGUGGAGUGUCCAAGUGGUACACACGAGGUCGACGCGGUGUGCCAGACUUGUGACGUUGGAACCUAUCAGUCUAUUACUGGUCAGACAACGUGUGAGCCCUGUCCGACCGGGUAUACUACUGCAACCUACAUGGCUACAAGCAUUGAAGAAUGUAACGUGAGAAUAGCAACAACAGCACAUGGUGAUGACAUGAAACAGGAAAAAUCCAAUUCAAAAACCGUAGCUAUUGCCUCAUCGAUUUCCUCAGUGGUCGUAGUUGCAGGUGUUAUCAUCAUUGGAGCCUUCUGUUACAAACGUUUCAGAAAGCAAGCCCGUAUUGCACGUAGCAAGAGCUUGGCUAGCCUUAACAUGGUACGGCCAGAGGUUGUGGGAUCAAUGGCGCAGUUCCAAAUGCACCUAAGAGGAGCAGAACAGGCGAAUGUCCGCUACAUCAGAGAAAAUUCGAUCGGUUGCAAUUCUCCCUCGCCUUCUAAUUAAAAUGCACCGAAGGAUUAAAACUAAAUGUUUCAGUAAACCGAUUAAAAAAAUACCAUUCAGUAUGAAAGUUUAACACGUUAUAUAUGACGCGUUAAACUUUCAUACUUUAUUGUAUUUAUUUAAUCCGUUUAGCGUAGUUAUGGUACUUUAAUGUACUGUUGAGACGACACUCGGUGUUUGAUAACCUUAAACAUCAAAAAAAAAGUAAACAUAUUGCACGACAGAGGUCUACACACAAAGUGUUUUUUCCCCUCUUAACACACUAUUACCUCGGUAAUUU